UAUCAGAGUAUUUUGUUUAAUCUACUGUGUCUGCUUCUCGGAGUGUACUUCAUUAUCUUUGAACUAUCUGUUUUUUGUCCAUCCUCUCAAUUUUAUAUUCCUAACAAACUGUGAAGGUUUCAAUUUUUGUAUGUCUCAGCAUCAAAUAUCCUUGUGCAAGAGUACUGUCCUACAGCAUCAGUUGGCAUGACAGAAUUAAUACCUCAUCCAUCCCCACAUAUUACUUUUGUCUUCAACUGCACGUCCAGCAUGACAGAAGUGUCUGGAGUGAACAAAACAGCUGCUCUGGUUCCUGAGGAGAUAUCCAGGCCUGGCAGGGGUUGUCUUGCAAAAUUCCAGCUUUUAUCUGGCUCCCACCAGGUUGUACUUGGUGCCAUUUUCAUUCGGGUGCUGAGUGCUCUGGUCUCCAUAUUCCUGUCAGAUCCUACUCAAAGACAGAACCAUAUUGCUAGUUACUUCCCGUCUGGAGUUUCUCUAGGAGAUCUUCUGACUGGCAGAAAAGAGGUCAGAGUUCUAACAGACAACUGAAUAUGAGGGUGCUACAGCUCUUUUCACCCAGGCAACAUGAAGUACAGAAGAUAUAACCCCCUUCCCCUCUGUUUGUCUCUCAGUGGUACACAAUUCGAAGCUAGACAGACACAAGCAGGGACUGAGUAUGUGCCCAGAAGGGACUCAUUGCUCCUGCUUGGGAUUAAGAUUGUGGGGAGGAGGGAAAGAUAGCAAGAACUCUCUACCCAAGCUGAAAAGUCCAUUGGUAAUUUGGCAGAGAAAUGCAGGUCAUUCCUCCCGUCUCUGGCCUUUUGAAAUCCAGCACAGACUACAGGCUGGCAAAAUUGCCCAAGUGAAAGAGAAGUAGGUGACUGUGCAGAAAAUGUAAAAACAGUGAAAAAAACUGUUAAAUGUCAUUAAUUGUAUUCAUGGCUUGCUUUUAUCUGGCUGAUGAAGAGAGUGGAGUGGGGAGGCAGAGCAACUGUGCUGGGGAAACCAGGGUGUUUACAAAAUUCCCAGCUGCAAAGCCAUUAGCAGUGGGCAGGUGGAGAAGGGGGAAUGAGGACGAUUCCUUUCAUGGAAGUGCUUACAGCAAAGGGUACAGUGAGGAGGGCAUGAGACUGACCAGGGUUAUGUUCCCCAGCUUCUGUGUCUGGGAUAGGGCAGAGAAAUUGCAGGGAGAUCACGCUACAGGUGUGCACUGCAAGUUACACAGGCAGUUGAGAGAAAGCAGAGGGGGACACAAACUCAUUUUACUAGGAAGCAGCUCUAGAGGCACCAGAGUGCAAGCACUGGAAGCGCUGCAGACGUGCUGUCUCGAGUUAGGUACAAUCUGUGGAGAUGUGGAAAGCAUCUCCCUGGCAGCAGUGCCCCCCCUCCAUGCAGCACACGCACAGCUGUGUCCGAGGAUCGCUGGCAUUUGCUUCUGAUCAAGGAAAGGCUUAGAGUGCCUGGGACUCACAGACCCAGGCUAAGUAGCUAGCCCCUUUGUGUUUAGAUUUACUGAGCCAGCAUUGAGCUGAUUUGGCUCCUGGGGACUGGAGAAGCACACAAGAUAAUGCACUUCUCUCUCCUGGUGGGAAGCUGGUUUGGUGCCUUAUUACUGUAAUUGCCAAAUCCAUCAGUCACUGCAGACUCUCCCUUGGACUUCAUCUUCUUUUACCCUCUGCUCUGGAAAGGAUAGACAGCCAGUUUGGACAAUGCUUACUGAAAAGUGCUUAGUAUUUUUUUAUUCUGGACUGUGUCUCUGGGCAUCCUUGUUCCUGUCUUUCUUUAAAGUCUCUCAGCAGGGUGAAAGCCAGAGACGCUUGUACAGAGAUCUACUGAGAAACUACAAUCGUCUGGAGCGCCCGGUCGUGAAUGACUCCCAGCCCAUUGUAGUUGAGCUUCAGCUUUCUUUGCUGCAGAUAAUUGAUGUGGAUGAGAAGAAUCAGGUGUUGAUUACAAAUGCUUGGCUGCAGAUGUACUGGGUUGAUAUUUACUUGUCUUGGGAUCAGUACGAAUACCCGGGUGUGCAGAACUUGCGAUUUCCAGCUGACCAGAUUUGGGUACCUGAUAUUCUUCUCUAUAACAGUGCGGAUGAAAGAUUCGAUGCAACAUUUCACACAAAUGUGCUGGUGAAUUACUCUGGAUCCUGUCAAUAUAUUCCUCCAGGCAUUUUGAAGAGUACAUGUUACAUUGAUGUCCGCUGGUUCCCUUUUGAUGUGCAGAAGUGUGAUUUGAAGUUUGGCUCUUGGACUCACAGUGGUUGGCUGAUUGACCUACAGAUGCUUGAAGCUGAUAUUUCCAACUACAUCUCAAAUGGAGAGUGGGAUUUAGUGGGUGUUCCAGGAAAAAGGAAUGAGUUGUACUAUGAAUGCUGUAAAGAACCAUAUCCAGAUGUGACAUACACCAUCACCAUGCGCCGACGCACUCUCUACUAUGGUUUGAACCUACUGAUUCCCUGUGUUCUCAUAUCUGGCUUGGCACUGCUUGUUUUCCUUUUGCCUGCUGAUUCAGGAGAGAAGAUUUCUUUAGGUAUCACUGUUCUGCUUUCCCUGACUGUAUUCAUGCUGCUAGUGGCUGAGAUCAUGCCUGCAACUUCUGAUUCAGUCCCACUAAUAGCUCAGUAUUUCGCUAGCAUCAUGGUCAUUGUUGGUCUGUCUGUGGUUGUAACGGUGCUGGUUCUGCAGUUUCAUCAUCAUGACCCACAAGCAGGAAAGAUGCCCAGAUGGGUCCGUGUCAUUCUGCUGAACUGGUGUGCUUGGUUUUUACGUAUGAAAAAACCUGGGGAAAAUAUAAAGCCCCUCUCUUGUAAAUAUAGCUAUUCCAAGCACCAUCCAAGCCUGAAAAAUACGGAGAUGAAUGUCCUGCCUGGGCACCAGCCCAGCAAUGGCAACAUGAUUUAUAGCUACCACACAGUGGAAAAUCCAUGCUGCCCCCAGAACAAUGAUCUGGGUAGCAAGAGUGCAAGGAUCACUUGCCCCUUGCCAGAAGAUAAUGAGCAUGUUCAAAAAAAAGCUUUAAUGGAUACCAUCCCAGUGAUUGUGAAGAUACUGGAGGAAGUUCAGUUCAUUGCAAUGCGCUUCAGGAAGCAAGAUGAGGGUGAAGAGAUCUGCAGUGAGUGGAAGUUUGCAGCUGCAGUCAUAGACAGAUUAUGCCUGGUUGCAUUUACCCUUUUUGCCAUCAUUUGCACAUUUACAAUACUCAUGUCUGCUCCCAACUUUAUAGAAGCUGUUUCAAAGGAUUUUACGUAAGCAUUUCGAAUAUGAACACAAUGAGCUGAAAGAUAACUUUAAAGUGAAUAUCAUCAGUACUAUCACUAGAUAAUUUAACUCAAAACGAGAAGUGUACUUUUAUGUGCUGACAUACACAGAAGGGGAUAAAAUUAAUUUCAGGAGAUAAUUAUUUCUGAUGUUAGUAAUAGUAGUUACUGAAUAGUAUACAUACUGACCUCUUACAUAUUUCCUAGACAAUUUCCACACAUAAUUAUGUUAUCAUCUGCUACAAAAUAUAGAAAAGAAUCCAAAUCCACAAUGUAUUUAUUAGAAGUUAACACCAAUGUAAAUGUGUUAUUGUAUCUUUGUGAACUUUUAAAUAUUGUAAUAAUUUAAAUGAUAGAUUAAUGACUAGAAGCAGCAUUUUGUUGUUUUCAAUAUCUUUAUGUUUUGUCAUAUUUGUUUAAUGUGGCUGUGACAUCUUCUCAGAUUUGACAGGCAUCUCUCUGCAGUUUUAUGAGGCUGCAUAUUGCAUAUAAGAAAAUAAAGUA